AAUUGUCCGUGAAUAUCUCAGUGGAGCACCGUUCUCCGCCUAUCAGGAGUCCAUCUAUUUCUCCCGCUUCCUGCAGUGGAAGUGGCUGGAGAGGCAACCCGUAACCAAAAAUACCUUCAGACAUUACAGAGUACUAGGAAAAGGUGGAUUUGGUGAGGUGUGUGCCUGCCAAGUGCGAGCCACUGGUAAGAUGUACGCCUGUAAAAAGCUGGAAAAGAAACGCGUGAAGAAAAGAAAAGGUGAAGCCAUGGCAUUAAACGAAAAGCGCAUUUUAGAAAAAGUUAACAGUAGUUUUGUAGUUAGUUUAGCGUAUGCCUAUGAAACCAAGGAUGCUCUUUGUCUAGUUUUGACCAUAAUGAACGGCGGCGAUCUGAAGUUCCAUAUCUAUAACAUGGGCAACUCGGGCUUCGACGAGCAGCGCGCCAUCUUCUACGCCGCCGAGAUCGCCUGCGGCCUGGAGGAUCUUCACCGGGAGAGGAUCAUCUACAGAGAUUUGAAGCCUGAGAAUAUCCUACUAGAUGACCGUGGGCACAUUCGGAUCUCUGACCUCGGGCUGGCGGUCCAGAUUCCAGAGGCCGAGACGAUAAGGGGGAGAGUCGGCACCGUGGGCUACAUGGCCCCAGAGGUGAUCCAGAAUGAGAGCUACACCUUCAGCCCGGACUGGUGGGGGCUGGGCUGCCUGAUCUUCGAGAUGAUCCAGGGCCAGUCGCCGUUCCGUCGCCGCAAGGAGCGGGUGAAGCGCGAGGAGGUGGACCGCCGGGUGCGCGAGGACCAGGAGGAGUACUCGGACAAGUUCUCCGAGGAGUCCAAGGACAUCUGCCGAAAGCUGCUUGCAAAGGACCCCAAGGAGCGUCUGGGUUCCCAGGGUGGAGGAACAGAGGUGAAGCAGCAUGCCAUUUUCAGGAACAUCAACUUCAAGAGGCUGGAGGCCAACAUACUGGACCCUCCCUUCUGCCCUGAUCCCAGAGCAGUCUAUUGCAAGGAUGUCCUGGACAUUGAACAGUUCUCCACUGUCAAAGGCGUCAACCUUGACCCCACGGACGAUGACUUCUAUCACAAGUUUGUCACGGGGAGUGUCUCCAUCCCCUGGCAGAAUGAGAUGAUUGAGAUGGAAUGCUUCAAGGAGAUCAACGUGUAUGAAACGGACGGCGUCCUGUGCUCAGACCUGGACGUGAACAGGCCCAACCCGCCGCCCAAGCGAGGCUUCUUCUACCGCCUGUUCAGAAGAGAGGCAAGUGCUAGCGCCGCGUCGGCCACCGUGCGUGGGGGAGGGGGUUAAGGUGUGCUUUAAGAGCGGAUACAGUGAAGAGGACGAGGAGCCCUCACGUCUUUAAACCACUCCUUUGCCCUAGCUCCACCCCCCCAUUGGUCAGCUGCCAGUCAGAACGCAGAUCUUACAAACUCCAUGAAUGUUAAACUAACUGUAUUUAUGAAUUGUAACAAAAGUGUAUUAUAAUUAAAGAAAAAAGUAUGAGUUUAAAGAUUUUGUACAUUUGUACUUGAAUUAUGUCUAGAUGUAUAUUUUCACUAAAGGUUGUAUUGUACAAAAAGCCAUAUGAGUACCACUUGAAUGCAUACAUAGCAUUGUUUUCUUUUAUCAUUUUGGAAUGAGUAUGAACAUGUGUAUUUAAGGAGAUUUUUUUUUAAUGAAGCACAGUAUGGUAUUCAUUGACUUUUUUUUAUUUCCAAGGUAGCAUCUGGCCUUUUGUUUGUAUGGUCUUUUCUGUCUGUACUGCUUUUAGUUCAUGUAUAGUUUUUUUCUUCUGACAUUUGCCUGCACCAAGCUGCAAAUUGAUUUGCCAAUUAAGCCUGAAUGGGUCAGAUGUAACAUGUUAUAAAUGCCCAAUCAAGGCAAAUACAUUUUAAGGGAGUAAAUGCAUUUUCCCUGCUACAUUCUUGUUGGUCAUAGAGUUAGUAUUUGGUCGUCUUGGUCAAAGAGCUGUUUUAAGUAGACGUUUACUACAAUCAACAAAAUAUUGAAAGAUUCAAUUGUCUUUCUCUUCUGUUUUUUCUUCAACAACUUUUUUUUUUUUUUUUUUUAAAUCUAAUCUCAUUACAACUUUCAUUUCCAUUUGUAGGAAGCACAGAUGACUUGUCUGUUCAGACAUACCCCAUGUUACUGUGGAGGUGUAUGACUGGAGAGAUAACAUCAGUUUUCAAGGACCAUUGCCAGUACCUUUCCAUUCUAGUAGUUCAGAUUAGGAAAAGAAAUGCAUAAUAAGUAUCGGAGAGGGGGGAGUGUAAUGCUGCAUGGCUGGCAGAUUUAUAAUCGGAUGUAAGGUCAAUGCACGCAAUUUGACACCCAUGCUCAUUACAGACGUAUAACUAUAGUCCAUGGACACUGUGCAGAGAGUCAUUUGGUUGUGUCUAUCCUCUUGAAAUAUUUGAUGAUCCUCUUCAAUUUAACAUUCCAAAUAUCCACAGAUAUGCUAAAGGGUACUUACGACGAGUGUCUUUUCUGUAUGUGCGAGUGCUAGUUCAGAAACUGACUCAAGAAUGUUCAUGCCUUAAACUAAAAGCUGGAGAUCCGUCACUGAUUAGGUCUCCUCUGUGUGUACUCUCUUUUUGCGUUUGGGAAAAGAGCAAGAUCGUUGCUUAUUUACAUACAGGUCAUUGUGCAUUGAUUGUUGUCAUUGUGCAUGAUUAUAGAUAUUAGAUAGUCAAAGUUGAAAUUUUAUAUUCCGUCUUGAGACCUCAUCCUACAUAUUAGCCAAAAACGCGUGCUAUGCACACCUAGUCACACAACAUGUCUGGACUACCUUUUAUAGAUAUUUAUGGGUCUUUUUUUUUUUAAGGCGCUGUUGCUUUCCCACCCCUCCAUGAGAGGCCGAUGAGUUUCAUGACUGAGAGAGGUUUUUGGGGAAGCCUUUUGGCCCUGUUAUACUCACAGUCCCCAUCAAAGCUACACUGAGGCUAGGCUUGACCUUACAUUCCCUGUACAUUCCCUCAGAAUAUCCUUCACCAGUUGUUUUUUUUUUUUGUUUUUUUUUUUGUUUUGUUUUCUAGAUUUAUAGCCUUUGUCAGGUCGGGGUCAGAAUAGUUUUUGCAUACUUAAUCUCUUAGUCGUACCUGUUAGCCAAACGUCUGCCUGGUCCCUCAUAGCCCCUCCUCCUCCAGUUCCUUGAGCUUCUGGCCUUCUGACACUGAUCCAGUUGUGUAGUAUGGGUGCUGUGGGGUAAAGGCCUGUAUCAGAGUUUACGCAUCGCAUAUCCACCACGACAUGCUGAGAGACUCAUAAACCUUUUGUAACCUACAGGACACUUCUCUUUGGACUUGUACAACACAGAAAACGUGAGCUUAUAAUCACAGUUGUUUUUUUGUUUUUUGUUUUUUUUCCCCCCAAUGGCUUAUGCUCAAGUAAAUGUACCAUCCCAAUGCCUGACCGUUCACAUGUGUUAAGUGGUUCAAAUGUAAGUAGGAGGGGAAACUCUAAAUUGUUGAAGCAGAACCUGAUGCUGACUUAGUUAUCACUCACGAGCAUGACAGUGCACACAAAUGCUUACAUUACUUGGAUUAAACUUUUGUUUUUCCUUUUGAAAAAGUCUAUGUAAUAUAAUUUUAAUGCUGUGAAAAAUCAGAGACAUUUAUAACUUUUUUUUUUCUUUCUCUAGUUUAAUCAUGUGUGCAUGUCGUACUGUAUUAAUGUCAUCCAACUUGGGGGUGGCCUGGCCCCUUGCAGUGAGGGUCUCCCUCUACCCUGCUUGUAAAUAAACCCUGGGUUAAUGACAGAGACAGUUGUUCUGGAGUAAGCUGUUGAAAAGUUUGUGAAAGUUCUCGUGUCAUUGAGGAUGCACGUCUUCUCCCUUGGAGUUGCUGCCGGACUCCUACUAAGUCCCAUUCAAACACCACAUGUGCAUUGGGACCUGUGAAGAUCUCUAUGUGCUUUCACAAUGUUCAUAGGAAGAUUUUGCUUAUGAGAGGGGGCACUGUGUGAUGAGGGAAAAUGUGUGUGUGUGUGUAUGUGUGUGUGUGCAUGCGUGUGUGUGUGUAUAUAUAUAUACAUAUAUACAUAUACAGUAUAUAUAUAAAGAAAAAAAACAACAAAAACACCAACUUCAUGUGAACUUCACAAAGAAACACAAUUGAGCUUUAAGAUCCAACCAUUGUGGUGUAGAGCAUUCCAUAUUUACACCAUUUCCUCCUAUUUAGUACUUAAUUAAUGCUGCUCUAGAGCUGCUCGGCUGCUUCCCCAACUGUUGUCUGCAGGGUGGCCUGACUCACCUGUCAAUCAUGACCCAGCUUCCAUUGUUACAUCAUUCAGAAUGCCGUAGUGGAAAAAAAAAACUCUGUCCUUUACUUCCUCGUAGUUAAGCUCACAAGCAUCGCAUUACAAACAUGAGAAUAGUUCUCAGGUUUUUUUUUUUUUUUUAAUAUUCAUUUUCAAUCGCUUCCAUCAAAGUCUAAUGUAUCAUCAAAGGGAAUAAUAUCAUUACUGUUUAUAAGAACACAUUAAAGUUUAGCCUUUGAAGCAUA